AUGACAGCAGCAGCAACAGCAGCAGCAGCAACUGCACUAGUAGCAAUAGCAACGCAAACUAUAGUAUUAGCAGCAGCAGCAGCAGCAGCAGCAACAGCAGCAGCAGCAGCAGCUGCUGCUGCAGAGCAGCAACAGCAGCAGCAGCAGCAGCAACAGCAGCAGCAGCAGCAGCAACAGCAGCAGCAGCAGCAGUAA